UCAAACUGCCUUUCCAACAAACUGCGGCCCGCAGAGACAGACGCACGCAGUCGGAUGCAGGAACCGGGCUGCUGCUGGCGAAGAAGCAACAGGCGCGUCUUUUCCCUCCGCGGUGCUCCAUCGCGGCGCCGAGGAGCAGCAGCUGGGAUCCAGCCGGGAUGAAGCUGGCUGUCAUGUGCCUGUGCGUCGUGCAUCUGAUCGCUGUCGGCGCGGGGCAGAGCAGCGGCGGCGAUCCCCGCCUAGGCCGGAGCAGCGUGUCGGUCAGCAGGGCCAAAGCUCCGCAGAAGACGCGGCCCCUCAGCGCAGGGCCUGUAAUCCAAGGCAGACAGAGGCCGUUGUUUGCGAGGAGAGGACAGUAUGAAAGAAAAAGGAUUCCAGCACCGAAGCUCAAAGUGGCACCAAAGGGCGCUCCUCCUGCUUCUAAAGCGGCUUUCAAACCGCUGAAGCCUACCUGCUCUCAGCUAACACGAAGCUGUUUGCCCCAGUUUGGCUGCUGUGACACAAACGCCACAUGCCACUGCCGCUUCUUCAACGCAAUCUGCUUCUGCCGCCGGACAACCGCGUAAUACCAAUGGAGAAGACAAAAAACACUAAAAAAACGACUCAAACUCACAGUACAGGCCAACGAAUACAGAUAGUAUCACUCAAGCCGCCACCAUUGGGUUAUGAGUUUAAUCCCCUCAACAGAAAAGAUGAUGCAUCACAUGUGUGGCAAGAUAAGCAUCAUCGCACAGUCAGCAUCUCAAAUGAAACAGAAACUUUAACCCAGCUUGUAUACCUCUUGUGAAAGCUGCUUGGAAAAUGUAUCUACACUUAAGCUUACAAGCUAAAACUCAAUUCACUGUUAUGUGAAUUUCUUCUACUGUAUGUUAUCAGUAUUAUCUUUAUCAUUAUUGUUUCUAUUUUGUUUAAUUUCUUGGAUGUUUCUGCACUUGUGUUAUGUGACCACAUAUAUAUUGUUUCAAUUGUUUUCCUUUAUUGACAUAAUUAUGUUCAUAAUGUGUGAAUUUGUUUCAAGAGCUUUAUCCAAUUAAAUGAAUUACAUACAAACAAAUUUUACAGCAGCCCACUAUUGACUUAAUUCAUUUUGGACUGUGCUUUUCUAUAUCUUCGGGAAAAAUCACUGCAGACACACAACAUGUGUCAAACCAUAAUGAAAUGACACAAUAUGACAUCUCCUCUAUUAAACUCUCUUUGUACCUGUCUUCUUAGCUUAACUUGUUGUAAUACAAUACAAAGAAUAGAACUUC